AUGGCGUCCCUCCACCAUCUCCUGAAGAGCUUGGCCCUCUCGACACCAACACCGCGCCUGAUCGGGUCGUGCUCUUCGCCGUUGGUCGCCCGAGCGUAUGCGAGCGCGUCGACCUCACACUUGGGCAAUCUGUCCCCUGCGCCGGGCAGUACACACAAGGUCGGUGGGGUCGAGGGGGGUGGGCUUGGCUGGUGUGAGGGUAUGUAUGAUCACUGAAACCUCACCGCUCUCUCUCUCUCUCUCUCUCGCUUGCCUCUCUUGUCUCCACUCGGUCGGAAUCGCAACUCAAUCUCCAACUAUGGCCCGCUCCAGCGCAAACGAGUCGGCCGAGGCAUCGGGUCCGGACGCGGAGGCACUUCAGGUCGAGGCCACAAAGGCCAAGGAGCUCGUUCCGGCAACGGGAAACCCGCGCUCCAUUUCGCCGGCGGGCAAACGCCACUAACGAGGGCCUACCCCAAGCGGGGUUUUACGAAUACGCAAGUCGCACAAAACGACUGCCGGGUACAUCCCUUGCGGAACUGAUCAGAACCGUGCCUUGCAGCGAGAGACAGGAAUGGACCCCGUUGAAUCUGGAUCGGUUGCAGCAUUGGAUCGAUAGAGGGUUGAUCGACCCAAGUCGACCGAUCACGAUGAGCGAGUUGAAGAGGUCCAAGUGCGUGCAUGGGAUCAAACAUGGGGUCAAGCUAUUGGGCGAUGUGAGUCUCCGUGCUCGAAGCUUCGGGAGCAGGAGUAGAAGCGAUCGAGAAGACUCAUCUCUCCGCAUGCCGAGCCGAGCUCGCAGGGCGCGGACCAAUGGAACACUCCCAAUGUCAACAUCGUCGUCUCGAGGGCUUCCCAAUCCGCCAUCAAGGCGAUCGAGAGCCUCAACGGUACCCUUGUCGCGCGAUACGAGAAUCGAUUGACCUUGGUGAGACGCGCACCCUCAAUCUCCCCACCAUGACCUACUCAGGCUCAUCCUUCCUUCUCACGACGCCCACCCACAGCGAGCUCUCCUCAAUCCCGACUCGUUCCAUAAAAAAGGGCUCCCCUUACCCGGGAAAGCCGAUCCCAUCAAGAGGAACGACCUCUUGUUCUAUUCGGACGCCGAGAAGAAUCGUGGGUAUUUGGGUUUGAUGGCUCGAGCUGAAAAGGAGGCGACGAAGGAGACAGGAGCCGAGGAGCUUGUAGGAGAAUGA